AUGUCGAGAAUUUGGUGUUUUGUGAGUUUAUUGUUGGUAACGUCGGCGGUGCUGGCGCGUCCGGAACCGCCAGUGAACUCUUACCUGCCGCCAUCAGCAAAUGGAAAUGGUAAUGGCGCUGGACGCCCCUCCUCCACGUAUGGUGCACCAGGUUUUGGUGGUGGUAAUGGAAACGGCAACGGCAACGGCGGUGGACGUCCGUCAAGCACUUAUGGUGCGCCCGGUUUAGGUGGUAACGGUAACGGGGGUGGACGUCCGUCAAGCACUUAUGGUGCGCCCGGUUUAGGUGGCAACGGCAAUGGUAAUGGCGGUGGACGUCCGUCAAGUACUUAUGGCGCACCCGGUUCGGGGGGUGGCAAUGGUAACGGCAAUGGCGGUGGACGUCCGUCAAGUACUUAUGGCGCACCCGGUUCGGGGAGUGGCAAUGGUAACGGCAAUGGCGGUGGACGCCCCUCAAGCACUUAUGGCGCACCUGGUUUGGGUGGCAACGGCAAUGGCAAUGGCGGUGGACGGCCUUCUUCCACCUACGGCGCCCCUGGCUUGAAUGGUAAUGGUAACGGUAACGGGGGUGGACGUCCCUCAAGCACUUAUGGCGCACCCGGUUUGAAUGGAAACGGAAACGGCGGUGGUCUGAAACCCUCCGAUAGUUAUGGUCCGCCCGCUUCUGGUAACGGUAACGGUAAUGGGUACUCCAAUGGCAAUGGCAACGGCAAUGGAGGUGGGCGUCCAGCACAGGAAUACUUGCCACCAGGGGCAGGCGGUCGCAAUGGCAAUGGAAAUGGCGGUGGACGCAAUGGCAACGGUGGUGGUGCAAAUGGUUAUGACUACUCGCAGGGAGGAGGAGAUAGCGGAGAAAGUGGCGAACCAGCACAAUACGAAUUUAGUUACGAAGUAGAAGAUGCGCCGAGCGGUUUGUCCUUCGGGCAUUCGGAAAUGCGCGAUGGCGACUAUACAACGGGCCAGUACAAUGUGUUGUUGCCUGACGGAAGGAAGCAAAUCGUCGACUACGAAGCCGAUCAGGGUGGCUAUCGUCCACAAGUCCGUUAUGAAGGUGAAGCUAACAAUGGACUCGGUGGUGGUGCUGGUGGCGCUAAUGGCUAUGAUUACGAGCAGAAUGGCAAUGGACUCGGUGGUGGAAAUGGCUAUUCGAACGGACAAGAUCUAGGCGGCAAUGGCUACUCGAGCGGACGUCCCAAUGGCAACGGUAACGGCAAUGGAAAUGGUAACGGCAAUGGCUACAGCGGCCGCAAUGGCAAAGGCCGCAACGGCAACGGCAACGGUGGCGGACAGGGACUAGGCCGCAACGGCUACUCUGAUGGUCGUCCAAAUGGGCAAGAUUUGGGCGAUAAUGGUUAUGCAAGUGGACGUCCGGGUGGAAAUGGUAAUGGUAAUGGUAACGGUUACUCGAACGGCAAUGGCAAUGGCGGUGGCCAAUAUCAGAGCAACGGCAAUGGUUACUCGGAUGGCAGACCUGGCGGUCAAGACAAUAUCGAUGGACAGGGCUACUCCAGUGGACGUCCGAAUGGUUUCGGUCCAGGUGGUCAAAAUGGCGAUAAUGAUGGCAACGGCUAUCGAUAUUAACUCUUUUAGAAGGCAACACGAACAAUUAGAGACGAUUAAUAGCGGACAAUGAGCCCACGAAAAUACGGCGGGCGUGGAAAAAUGAAACGCUCCUCAUCAUAAUUACAUACCUACAUACAUAAAAAGGCAUUACUCAUACUCGUAUUCAAUCAUCAUAACACUAGACUAUUACAUAUUGCAUAUUAUCUAGUUAGC